UAACAUGCAAAUCUAUAAAGGUGUUAUUGAAUAUGUCCUGUAAUAAUUACGCAUUAUUUUCUGUUAAAAAUGUAGAACAUGUUAGCAGGAGAUAAGCUCUUUCCCAACCAAGACACCGGUUAUCUCCAGAUACCAUGAACAGAAUGAUGACAUGACAGACCAAGGUGACCUCCGAUGAGAAGCUAAACAGCCGCUGGAUUGAUUGGUUGGGAAUUAUAAUUACCUUUGGAUACCACUAUAUAGGCUAUAUACAAGCUUUUGGGAAAACCCCUUUUUUUGGAUUUUUACUCAAGGAUGAUGGAAAAACUGAAAUCCGAGCAAUUUCCGCUCAGCCCGAGCGCGGAGGGAUACGCAUGCGGGAAACAGGAAGGCACGACGGCGGAGACGGGAGAGCAUCACCCCUCAGAGGAGCGCGGCGUCCUCAAUGGCGUUGCCAAGGAAACGGCGCACCACGCCACCGAGCUAAAAAAGGAAGUGGCGGUGAUCGAGCUGUCCAGGAGAGGAGGGAGCGCGGAUAUAAAAGGCAGAGAGCUCAAGGCAGACAUCAGCCAUAAGGUGCAGACCACCGAGCUGUGCAGACCACCGAUUCCACUGCCGCUGCCUCCCAGAAAGCCGCUGAGCGACACUCGAAUGGUGCAGUUGAGUCCGCCCGCUUUCCCUCUCCCGGCUCGAGCGAUGCUCUACAGCAACAUGACCCCACCGCUCGCCACUAUUAACAGUGAUUUUGCUGGAGAAGCGGAUCAGUAUGGGAUGUAUCCCAGCAGUCGAGUGAAACGCAGACCUGUACCUUAUGAGGUUGAAAUCAACGAUGGUUCACAGCCCAAAGUCGUGCGACGGAUUUUCACGAACAGCCGCGAGCGCUGGCGGCAGCAGAACGUGAACGGUGCCUUCGCCGAGCUGCGCAAGCUCAUCCCAACCCACCCUCCGGACAAGAAGCUCAGCAAGAACGAGAUCCUCCGCCUGGCCAUGAAGUACAUCAACUUCCUGGCCAAGCUCCUCAACGACCAGGAUGACAUGGUGGGCGGCGAAGCCCCCACCCGUGCCGCCCGAGAUGCGACCCUGGCGCGGGACGACCUCCUUCAGGAGAUGCUGAGCCCAAACUCCAGCUGCGGGAGCCUGCUGGACGGCGACGCCAGUCCGGAGAGCUUUACCGAAGACCAGGACUCUUCGGUGGAGUCCAGGUCUUCAGCGAGGGGACUGCAUCACUCCAGCCACCCGAUAGACGGAAACGCCAAGCGAUGACUGAUUUGGCAUUGACGGACUGAGAAGGCGCAAUGCUUCAUGGACCUCAACUAGCGUAUGUUCAUGUCGUGUGCAAGCAUAUUCUUACGUAUGACUUUCUGUUGAGCUCUUCUCUUCGCGCUUCGACACUAAGGUGCCCUCCGCGGUGAAACGCUGGUACGGGGGAAAACGUCAGGUAGAUUUUUAAGUCCACACUUAGGCAGGAAUUGUUGAUCGCCACCUGGAAACGAAAGAAGACAGAUUGAAUGGUACCCACAUCUCAUCAGGUACACCGCUGUGAAGGAGGUCACUGGAAACAGCUGGACUUGUACAACGAAAAAGAGCAUUUGAAGCAAGAAAAGGAAUAGUUCACCC